UGAUUUAUUUGUUACUUCAAACCUUUCUUAUAAUAAAUAUUCAAAGCAGUUAUAAAAAUUUUACAAAUAUUUUCUCAGCCAAUUAUAUAAUUUACCCUCCGAAUUUUCAUCCAACAUGCUGGAAAGCUAUAAAAAAUAGCAUCGAUGGAAAUUAGGACGUGGGUUAACUGAAGAAUAACUAAACCUACGCCGCAUUCAGGUUUAAAGAAGCCCUGCUUCUGUAAGCUUCAGUUUUCGUAGGCACACUUCCAUCAAGCGGGCAGCACUUUCAUCAGCUGCAGUAUCACAUCCUGCUUGCAUUUCACUAACUUGCGUCAUCACGUGGAAUCUACGUUACCAUAUUAUUGGAUUAUUUUUAAUUUCAUUUAAUGAAAGAAAUUGCAAAAAUAGAGGUGGAACUUAAGUUAUGGAAAGAACCCGGAUGUGGAACUUAAUUUUUGGAAAGAACCCGGAUGUGGCACAAAUUGUUUGAGGAGUAAAACUAUAAAAGGGCCAUAAAUGUAAAUAAGAACUUUGCGUAAAACAACGAUAAAAAAGUUUAUGGAAAAGCAGAUUAAAAUUUUGGUUAGUUAAUGAAAGCAACAAUAUGAAAUUACUGAUGCAAUAUAGCAAAGUAAAAAAACUGCUUUCAUUUUUUUAAAAUUGGAAAUAAAUCGUCUUUACUCCUUGUUCUUCAUUCAUUGUACAGUGGUACACAGUAUGAACUAAAAUCUUAAAUCGUACAACAUAAAAAAGAUUUAAAUUAGUACAAAAUAACAAUAAAUUAGUUAAAUUAUUUAAAAAUUUAAAAUGAAUAGGCUUUAUUUCUUAUGCCCUCUUUUUGUUUAACUUGUACAUAUACAAAACCAUAUAAUUUACGAAUUCCCGCAAAGCAUUACAAAAAGUUGCAAAAUUGAAAUUCCAUCUCGAAAAUGGGUAUUAACGCAUUAUCGUUUUUAAGUUAAACAGCACAUAAGUGAAAAGACUCUUGAGUCAAGAGUGUGUACGCUGACAACACAGCUACAGUAGCCGGGGAAAUUUUUCAUGGUCGGGCAAAUUUCUGGUCUGGGAUAUUUUUCAUGGUCGGGGUGUUUGAAUUCGCAUUUAUUGAAAGCAACUCUGUCUUAUUUGUUUUAAUAAACGAUGUAAAGGGAAAAACCAGUCCCUCUUAAGAUAAAUAAAUAAUAAGGCGAAAUGUCUAUCGUACAAUAUAUAAUAGUGCGAAGUGAUCUGAAAACGAUUUUAAAUUGGCCGCUUGGUGCGGUAAUUGCCCAAUGUUGUCACGCUGCCACAGCUGUUUUGCGUUUGUUUGCCGAUGAUGAACAAACAAUACAAUAUUUGGAGGAUCUAGAUAACAUGCAUAAAGUCAUUUUAGAGGCCAAGAACGAUACCGUCUUGUUAAAGCUGGCUGAGAAAUUAAAGGAAGGCGAUAUUAAACAUAAACUGUGGAUAGAACAACCAGAAAAUAUACCCACUUGUUUGGCCAUAAAACCGUACGCUAAGGAAAAUGUGCACCAAUAUGUAAAACACCUAAAGUUGUUGCGGGACUAAGUUGUAGGACGUCGGUCGGACGU